GUAAUGUGGGUGGACCCAAUCUUCGUGGCACUGGGGGCGGGACUGUAAGGUCCGACAGGAAAACUAAAGAAAGGCGAGGAUCUCCAAUAAAACGAUGGCUGCAAUCAGAAAGAAGCUAGUGAUCGUGGGUGAUGGAGCCUGUGGAAAGACCUGCCUCCUCAUAGUGUUCAGCAAAGAUCAGUUCCCUGAAGUGUACGUGCCAACGGUGUUUGAAAACUAUGUGGCAGACAUCGAGGUGGAUGGUAAACAGGUGGAGCUGGCUCUCUGGGAUACGGCGGGUCAGGAGGACUACGACCGGCUGAGGCCUCUCUCCUACCCCGACACUGAUGUCAUCCUCAUGUGUUUCUCCGUCGACAGCCCUGACAGCUUGGAGAACAUCCCAGAGAAGUGGACUCCUGAGGUGAAGCACUUCUGUCCCAACGUGCCCAUCAUUCUGGUGGGGAACAAGAAAGACCUGCGUAAUGACGAUCACACACGCCGGGAGCUGGCUAAGAUGAAACAGGAGCCGGUGAAGUCAGAAGAGGCGAGAGACAUGUCGAACCGCAUCAACGCCUUCGGUUACCUGGAGUGCUCGGCCAAGACCAAGGACGGAGUGAGGGAGGUGUUUGAGAUGGCCACCAGGGCAGCGCUGCAGGCCAAGAGGCGGGGCAAAAAGGGCAUCUGCAAUGUGCUAUAGAGCGUCAGGGCACACGGGUCGGGUGGGGGAUUCGGGGUGGGGGUGGGACAAACCAGGCCAAGUAACACCCCCUCUCUAGUGUCUUCUGGGGCACCAAGCUGGGCACAAUUGAUCGGGGCAUUAUAGGGAGAAGCUAAGACAGUCCAACCAGGCUAAAGGAGUAACAAAGAAAGCCGGAAAUGAGUUAGCAUUUAGGGCUCCCUCGUCUCAAAUUCAAUGUUUUUCUCCCCAGAAAUAAGGUCUGUUAAUGCAAGCGUUUGAGAUUUGAGUUCGACGACAUGAAAUAUGUGAAUAAAUACCCCACUAACAGUUAGGGUUGCAUUUAUGCGUUAAGAUUCCUAAAAAAUGUGGAGAUUAUCAGAACGAGAGCAGAACGUGUAUGUGUCAUAAACAUCUGUUACAAAAUCCAAUAAAAAAAAUCCCGUUUAUUUUAGCUGAGGGAGCCCUUGUGCUUACUUCUGGGUCUGCGUACAAAAAAAUCCACCAUCACUGCACCUGAGUAAGUGUAUAGAUUUAAGUACAAUUGUUAAAGCUUUCCAAUAAAACGGCAUAAUUAGGACACAGGAAAUCAUGAAGCGAGCAUGAAUUAGUGUGGAGGGUUUGUAGUUUUUUGUGGUCUUCUCCAUCCUGAAUUCAAUGGUUCAGUGCACCCCCUAAGUGUUGGGAGCGUUCCAUGGCCUGCAGUGUGACGGUGCUCCUCUUUCUCGCUCCUCUUAUUACCCAGGGGCGAUAUAAACUGUAUACGGCCUUUCUGUUCCAUCACGCUGAUUAUUGGCAUUGGAGCAUAAAUAUGUGAUGGUAUUAGACCAACUUAUUUGAGUGUUUUAUACAAGCUUGUUAAAGAACGCUACAUUAAGAAAGAUCAAGUCAGAAAACUGUUUGUGAUUCAAUGGAUCAGGACUGUCAAACACUGUCAACAGUUGAGUAUUAAAAAGGUUAACAAAAUUAAAGCUGUCAUUUUUGAAAUAGUAUUGGGGCCUUAAUUUCCCUCCUCUACAGAGAGGACCACACAGGUUUAUAUUCGAGAAACGCCUUUAUUUUAGUUUCCCAUGAGUAUAUUUUAUAUCAUACUUUAGUAAUGCGCCUCCAUGUUUUCUGAUCUUUUUUAAUUUGUUGAUGCAAGCUCAACUCGUCCUCCAAAUUCUGUAUAAUGUACAUUUCCACAGCAUUAUUUAGGCCACUUCACAGCCUUGUCCAUUUCUUUUUAACAGACGUACCUUUUUCAGUUUAAAAGAAAUCUCUUUUUUUAUUGUACUGCUGUGAAGGUACCAUCAAGGACAUGCAACACACUACUGAAUUUAUAUUGAAAACUUGCCGCAGGUCAUUAGAUUUUCCCAGUUUCAGUGAGGCUGCUGUGGAAAUGUACAUGAUAUCAGAGAGACAUGAUCUUAAGUAAUUGCAGCCUCUGUUUUUAACUCGUUUUUUGUUGUUCAGUUGUUCCACACUCCCAUUUUGAAAGCAUUGGUUUUUAUUUGGAGGUGUGUACCUGUCUGCCACGGCCUUUUUUUCUGCUUCUUUAUUCUUUUGUAUGUUAUUUGAACUACAUGAUAUUCCACUGGCUUAUGUUGUAUUAUUUGCACACCGCUUAAAACAAAACCUCAGUGUGUGUGGUAUACACACUUUGAAAAAAAUGUCAAAUUACGAAAUGCUCAAUGCAAGCAACCUCUGGUUAUUUGUUAGAGGAAUAUUGUUUUGUAUGCAAACAUAUCCUCGCAUUUCUCCAGUUGUCUUUUUGUAAUGUAUUCUAAAGGAAAUAAAUUGUAACUGAGAAUGACCAAA